AUGGCGGACCAGGAAAGCUGUACGAAGCCACCUACUCACGACCUCGUGAACGAUGAUAUUCUCCUGCUUUGUAGAAUUGAAGGCGUCAAUUCGCCUACGGAUUCCGACUUCGCUGCAAUCACACCGGAGGACGAGCCCCUCACGGCCGAUGACAAGACCAGAAUCUGGAGUAUCAUCGCGCAACAAGAAGCAAGCCUUGAGAAGCCCAAGAUAGCCAACAAAUCUCCUGUUGCAACCGGUAACUCCGCCGACCUGUCUGCUAACUAA